AUGCCGGGCAAAUUGAUUGAUCGUUACGACCAUGUCCCUGAGACCAAGGAGGACUUGGACUGGGCGGAGCUUAUCACUCUCGAUCUGAGUCAGUAUGAUCAACCAGGCGGAAAGCAGGAUCUUGUCAAGCAGCUGGAACACGCCGUGCGCUAUGUUGGAUUCUUCUACGUGAAGAACUUCAACAUCAGCCAGGAAGAGAUUGACCGUCAAUUCGCCCUGGGUCGCGAAUUCUAUGCGCUGCCAAAUGAGGAGAAACUCCGUUUCCACAAUCAGCAGGACCUCGACAGGGGCGAGUAUAACGGAUACAGGCCUGCGGGUCAGCGCAACCUAGGGAACGGCCUCAAGGACAACGCCCAGGUGUACAACAUCCCCAAGUUCGACGGCCACCACCCGCGACAGCAUCCUCCGGUGCUUGGCGACAACCUGGCCGAGAUCGAGGCCUUCAGCCGGAAGUGCCACUCGGAGGUGGUUGAGAAGCUGCUCCGUCUAUUCGCAAUUCUUCUCGAACUGCCCGACGAGGACCAGCUGGUUCGCGACCACCAAUACGACGUCAAGGGAGAGGACCAUUUGCGCUACAUGCAUUAUGAAGCUCGCAACUCCGAGGACAACAAGAAGGUCGGCGGUCUCUACAUUCCUGGCCAUACCGACCUGGGCACGGUGACCUUGCUUUUCCGACAACCCGUUGCAGCGCUGCAGAUUCUCAACUCCGAGGGUCAGUGGAAGUGGGUGCGUCCUCAGAAUGGGACCAUUACGAUCAACACUUGCGACGCCUUGACAGCCCUCACAGGCGGGUUGAUCAAGUCGAGCAUUCACAGGGUCCAUGCUCCACCGCCAGACCAGGCGCACGUUGACCGGUUGGGCGUGCUUUAUUUCGCCCGGCCUAAUAACCAUGUUGUUUUGGAUCCUCUCACAAACAGCCCGCUGCUCCAGCGCCUCGGGCUGACACACAAUGUUUUCACAGAGCUUGGCCAGCAUCUCACCACCGAGCAAUGGGUUCAGAAGCGACAGACGCAGCAACAGCGGCGGAACACGGAGGUCAAGGUUUCUGACGAGGGAAAGUUCAGCUAUGGCAAGAAGGACCUCGAGAUCAUCCCUGGUCUGCAUGCGAAAGUGUAUAACUAG